UUGUCAGGGCAAAGAGAAGGCCAGGACAAGGUCGAGCCGCAGCCACGAGGUAUAUAAGCCUGACCGUCACUGCCGUUCCUCACUCUUCCUCCAGGAAACAUGAAGACCAUUGCUCUCGUCGCUUUGCUGUUGGGCGUAGCCGCUGCCAUGCCCGGCCUCCGCCAGCGUCGAGACUCCAACUCGCUCUUCUUCGAGCUCCCCGCCGACGCAGAUUUGGUUCUUGGCGGAAUCAACACGGGAUUCGAGUGCGGAGACCUGCCUUACGGAUACUACGCCGACCAGGCUAACAGCUGCGCCGUCUUCCACGUGUGUCUGCCCUACAUCGACAACGACCUCUACAUCACCCGCCACUUCUCCUUCAUGUGCGGCGCAGGCACCAUGUUCGACCAGGAGCGCCUCGUGUGCGACUUCCCCGAGAACUCCCUUCCCUGCUCCGAGGCCGCCGCCUUCAGGAGGUCCAACGAGUACUUCGGCCGUGAAAAUGUGAACUUCCUCGAAAAGUAAUUUUUUUCAUAUUCUUGAGAUUCCCCCUAAUGAGUACAAAAUACUAGGUAUAAACCUUUUACAUAUCACCUUUAUACUAUGAAAAAUACACGUUAAUAAAAACAGAUACAGGUAA